GCGGCACGGCGAGGAGCGAGCCCGGGCAGCCACCGCCCUGCGCCAGCUCCUGCCCGGAGGGGCUUUCCUGGAGCCGCUGCCGGGGUUCCCAUGGAGACGCCCCGCGUCCUCUGACGAGUGCCCUCUUAUCAGCGACUGUUGCCAUCGCGGUUGGUGCCGCCCUCCUCGCCGCGCUCCCGGGCUCGGUUGCUUUGCAGGCGACUGUCCCCUCCUGCACACCCCGCGAGCACCGCUGCCUGCCGGGGGUUGCACAUUGUUGGGAGAGGAUCCGGAGCAGUGAGUGAGGUUUUUCUAAUCUCGACCUGUCAUCUGCUGUCGUGGACCGAAGGUGCCGUCUCGUGCUUCGCCCCAUUGUAAUGUACCUCUUAAAGCCUUUCUUACAUCUAACUAAGCUGUUUUCCUGGUUUCCUCUGCUGUAGGGGACUACGUUUCAGUGUUAAUGUAUUCUCUGUUCUUUCCCCCGUGCCUGGAAUUGCUAUGUGAAUGCUAUGGGUUUGUUCAGAUAAGGGUUUUUGGAAUGGGAAGUUUGCAGGCAAAGUGGCUCUUCUCCCAAAAUCACUCAAUGCAAGUGUUGCUGCUGCAGAGGUAGGAGCUGCAGCAGGCAACAGGCAUGAAUGGAGAAAUUAGAAAAUAGUAUUUUUUCAUGGAAACGGCUGCAAAUGGAGCCGGUAUUCAGCAAGAGAAUAGAGAAAGCAAAGGAAAUUAAAGGUAUGUCCCAUCAAAGGAGGUUGCUUCAGUGAGCUACCACAAACAGAGGUCGUUUUUUGGUUAGCAAAAUAUUAUGAGGAAUGUACUGACAACUCUUGGGACUUUAGCGUAGGGUUUGUAUUUUUAUUCAGUGAAGGUUGUGCUGGCUUGUCCUUCAGGCAGUGCUGCUGGAUGUGACUCAAUUAAUUUGAAGACACAGGAUAAUGGUUUGUUGGUUUGAGUAUAAUAUUUGCUCUUGUGCUAAAAACUCCUUUCAUGUAAUUGGUCCUUCAUUUUCUUAAAUACCUUUUGUUAUUCAUUAAAUUUUAAUAAAGACUCGAGUUUCUUGGAAUGUAUUUUUAAUCAAAUUGAUUUAUGUCAAUCUGGCUAAAAUGAUAAAGGUACUUGUACACCACAUGAGUGUAGAUCCCUCAGCAUGUGCAGUUGUCUGAAUUAUGAAGUGCUUAAGAAUUUCCAGGUGGCUUAAUGGUGCUGAAACAUGACUUUAGGAGAUUUUCCUGCACCUGAUAAGGAAUCAAAAGAAAAUCCCUUAUGCUGAGAAGUCAGUGCACACGUGCGCUUAGUGAAGGUGGCACCAGUUCAGUCAGUUCCGUGGGUUUCCAGGGGUGGGUGGGUCUUUCCUUUGUGUGAUAUUCAGGGAGAAUUGUCAGUCUGUAGUUAUCCUGUAGAGACUGCUCACAGCGCUCUGGUAAUUUCAGCCUGCUCUGGUGAGGACUGGGAGAUUUUCCACAGAAGGAGCAAAGGAGCAUUCCUGUGGGGCCUGUCUUUCAGAGUGCAGGGGUAGCUGACUCAUUCCCAACUCCGUAUCCAUAGCUGGAAUUGCCAUGUCUGCGAGUCUUUCAUAAUAACACUUCAGUAACCUGACUGAUUUUAAUCAAUCUGGUAGAAAAUGAGAGUAUUUUUUUGUGAGUUUAUUCAAGAUUUGUGGUUAGAAUUACGAGACCUGGAAGCCUUUACUCCUUCAGGUACAGAAGGAGAGUUCAGGCUGGGAGUAUCUAACCCCAGCAGUCGGGGGACAGAUAAUCACCUAUUUCCACCUGACUAACCAGCACUUGCAGUGCUGGGGGAAGGAGGGCAGUAUUCGGGGAUGUUUUUCUUUUAAAAUAAAUCAUGGUUUGCAUUCUAUCAAUGAUCUGUGCCAGUUAUUUGAUUUACAGUGAUUAUUUGUUCCCCCAAGGGAAAACAGGGUUCACACUUUGAAGUCAGUGAUUUCAAUGAGCUGGUAAUUUAAAUGGGUGUCCCGGUCAGAAUUGGGAAUGUUUGUUUUGUUAUGUAACUUGAGAAUUUUGCACAUAGUGCUUCAUCUCAGCCUUGUAUUAAACUUGAUUCACAAUCAACUUGUGAGUUUAAUAGAAAAUGCAGAUAAGCUACAUUAAGUUUCCAGAUAUGAAGGAAAACUAAAAAGCUCAUGUCAUCUCCACAAAAGGCAUGGGCAGAAAGAGAAGUAGCAAGUUUUCUGUAUAGGCUGUGCUGAUUUCUGUCUAUUUUAAAUUUGUGUCAGGGACACACAUAAUGGAUCUGGGAUAUGCCCUAAUCCCAGUCUCUAUGGAAAAUGCCACAGGUUAAGAAAAGCAAGGUCACCAAAAACUACAAACAAAUGUACUGUUGGCAUCACAUUUGUCAUACACUCAGUAUUUAGUUGGAAAAAUGAAAUUCUGGGCUAAGCAUUCCUGUUAUUUAUGUUCUUUAUUACUUCCCAUCUCUUGCCUUUCACACGUGUUUGCCCUUCCACUUUCCAGAUUGCCAACUGUUCUGGUUCCCAGCUGAGCAGUCCUGAGGGAGCAGCUCUGUGCAGAACAGCCAUUUUGAGCGACACGCUCACCAUCUAUUGUUUUCCUCCAGAGAGAUCCCUGAACACAUUGCACGGGUCCCGUGCUACAUUCGCAACCGUUGUGUUGAAUUUGGAACUAUAUGUUGAAAGAAAAUGUAAUCUAAAGCCAGGAAGCAAGAAGGUUACCGUUGUAUGCUCAUGCUAACAAAUGAGCUAUUUUGGUUCUGUUUUCAGGAACAGUUGCAGCAUUUACCCAGCUGUUUCUUAAUGAAAUGAAUGAGUUUACCCAGUGGUCUACCGUCAAUCUAAUAAUAAUUCCUGUUGUCCACUCUUGUCUUCUUUUCCUCCCACUUAUUUUAUUCACGAUCCAGUAUGUUGUGCCUUAAAGCAAGAAAGUCUUAAUUUUUUUAAGGCUGCAAGGCAAAACUGCACAAUGAAAAUGCUAGGUGAGAAAAGCUGUGAAGGUAUAAAUCACUGCCUUCCUAGGCUCCCUCAGUGCGGUUUACAUUUGCAUGUUAAAAGAUUGGGAAAUGAACAAUUUAACUGAAGGAAAAGUGAAGGUAGCAGGUGAGCCUGGGGCAGAUUUCUGGCAGGUGUUGGUAAAUGUUGAUGUGUUGUUUGAAGUGCCCGCUAGCACAGCUGAUUGAUUCCCAGCUCUGUUUACUCUCCCUGGCGUUCAUCUGCUCGCUCUCGGGUUCCUUGCCCAGCAAGCUGCCCACGGGCACCCUGGAAUAGUCUUUACCGUGCUGGGUGUGCUCUGACCCUGGCUCUGCAGCAGAAAAACGUGAACAGCAGUGCUGGGCAAGGCUUCCUGAGAGACGAGGGGGACUCGAGAGGCUGGGUCCUCAGCCCCUGGUACUCGUGCAGGUCCAAGCCGGGGCUGCUGCUUCCUCCAGAGCUGGGACUGGUGCCCGCCCGUGCCCCGCUCCCGUUCAUCCCUAGCAGGAGAGCAGGGACUCGGCUACAGCUCAGCUGGGAUUUAACAGGGGGUUAAUGAACACUCAGCCUGUGAGGAAAAAGGCAGAUUGUCCAAUUCUCAUGUAAAUUAAUUUGCCAGAGACACAGGCGAUUCUUGGCUGUCACAGAUGACAAGCACAGAAAAUGCCAAGGCUGAACCUGGUAUUUUCAGUGUUUCUGUGAGGAACUAUUGCCCGCACUUUCCCAUUGCCUUUAGACCUGCGUUGACCCUGACAAUCUGCUGUCCUCUGGCCAGCAGCUGUGCUCUUGCACUUCCAGGACCCCCAGGAAUGCUGCGGCCCUCCCUGGGGACAGGGACUGUCUGUACCCAUCCUGCGGUGUCACCGCAGAGCCCAAGCUGCUGCUGCUGGCAGAGCUCGGCUCGGGGGGGAGCUCCGGGCAGGGAGGGUGGGUCCUGCUGGGCUCCCUCUCCUCUGCAGCCCGUGGGGCAGCACAGCAGGCGUGGGAGGGUGCAUCGGCUUCUUGUCGAGCUGUAGGACCCGUAGCUCACAAGCCACCACUUGUUCUUUGGAUCGGUUCCCUCAGUUACUCUAGGAGAUGGCUGAGGAGUGGUUUUGACAGGAUGCCACGGAUUACUUUCUCUCCGUCUAAAGUGGUUUGGGGUUUGAGCCUCCCUUGGGUUUUAUUUUCUGUGCCGAGAUGGUUGUAACCUUCCCUGCUGGUACCUGAGAGCAACUGUUGUUUCUGUCUAGAGCCCAUUGAAGAUGUAGAUGAUGAAGAGGUGUUUUCCCCCUCUGCCUUGGGAUCGAAUGCCUCUGUCACAGACCAGGGCAUUUCUCUAAGGAAAUGGAUACAUCUUCUGAAAAAUACCCAGUCAAAAAGCGAGUGAAAAUUCAUCCCAGCACAGUAACAGUGAAAUACACCUCUCAUUACCCCCAGCCAGGAGAAGAUGGAUACGAGGAUGUUAAUGAAGAUACUGGAGUAUUUAUGGAGGAUAAUCCUACGAGAGGACUACUGAAUGAUGGGAAAAAGAGAGAAAAGACUUUUUUUGGUGCAACAGACAUCAAGCCAGCACAACUGCCAAAACGUGAUGAGGGUGGACAAUCCCAGCACUUCCCUGAAGGAAAUGUACUGCAGUCCAGGAAAACAUGGACAGUGCUUUUUGGGUCUGCCGUGGCUCAUGGAUGUGUGGCUCUGAUCACAAGGUUAAUUUCUGACCGUUCCAAAGUGCCAUCUCUGGAGCUGAUUUUCAUCCGCUCGGUCCUGCAGCUGCUGUCUCUCACUGCUGUGUGCUACCACCACGAGCCUCCCUUUGGCCCCAAAGGCUACAGGCUCCGGCUCUUCCUCUAUGGGGUCUGCAAUGUCAUCUCCAUCACCUGUGCCUACACCUCCUUCUCCAUAGUGCCCCCCAGCAAUGGGACCAUCAUGUGGAGGGCCACCACCACAGUGUUCAGUGCCAUUCUGGCUUUUUUACUCAUAGAUGAAGGAAUGGCUUAUAUAGACAUAGUCACUGUUGUUGGCAGUGUGUUCGGUGUUUGUCUCGUCAUGAUCCCCAACAUUGUUAAGGAGGAGAACUCUUUGCUGAGCACCUGGAAGGAAGCUUUUGGCUACACCAUGACCGUCAUGGCUGGUCUGACCACUGCCCUCUCCAUGAUAGUCUACAGGUCCAUCAAAGACAACAUCAGCAUGUGGACAGCGCUGUUCACUUUCAGCUGGACGGGAACAGUGUGGGGAGCAUCCACCAUGUUCCUGCUCCAAGAGCCAAUCGUCCCACUAGACGGGGAAACCUGGAGCUAUCUCCUUACCAUCUGCCUGUGCUCCACUGCAGCCUUCCUGGGGGUCUACUAUGCCCUGGGCAAGUUCCACCCUGCUCUGGUGAGCACUGUGCAGCACCUGGAGAUUGUCAUCGCCAUGGUCCUGCAGCUCCUUGUGCUGCACAGCUUCCCAGGCACAUGUGAUCUGGUCGGGGCAGUGCUUAUUUUGGUGAGUGUUUUUUUCCUUGCUUGUUAUAAGCUUUCCUGGAAGGAGUUAAGAAGGCAAGAUUAUCAGGAGAUUGUGGAUUUGUCCAUUAAAUGAAUGUUGGUUUUCAAUGUCUGAUUCUGGUUGUGACCAUGUGGAAAUGACUUCUUUCAAUUCCUGUGUCUGAAUGUAGUGGCCAGGCCCUCUCUCUACCAUUUCACUUCUCAGCUGAUGUAACAAUGUUGGUAUUUCCAGGCUCCCAUGCUAGGUGGAUUUGUUCUGCUGCACACAACCAUUUUGUCAUGCCCAGAGGAGUACCUCACAGGGUGCACAGCCAGCACAGGCUGGCCCACUGAAAUGUGGGCCAAGCUCUUCUUGACCUUCUCUGGAUAAAGCAAUAGAGAGGGACUCCAAAGUGACUCUCAUUCAUGUGUGCUGUGGUAGUAGGAAGAUGAGCAGCAAAACCAUUACAACAGUCAACCCAAAUUGUCAUUUCCUCUGUAAUGCUUCUUAAGCUUUGGCUGUCAUAUUCUAAAUGGAGCAAUGCUGAAUUUCUGUGGCUAAAACUUGCAUUUCCUGUGCGUAUAAAGUCAGUAAAGCUUUUUGUGCUUUGUGGC